GGUGUUGCACCAGAAAUACAUUUGAUUGGUCAGAAGCACAGCUUCUUAUAUACCCAUUGGCCCACAGCGUAAAUUCAGACAUUUUAAUUGGCCUAAAGCACAGGUCCUAAUCACGUGUUAGUGGGUAGAGUGUGGGAUCAGAAAGAGAAAUAGACUCCUGAAAGAGCAAUCUUUAGCAGGGAGGGAUAUCAGCAGUGAAACAGUUGACCUGAUUCUGACCUUUGAACUGUCCAAGAUGGCGUUCUCCUUCACUAGAAUGAUGUCCUGCCGUAACACGGCCACGCUGUUGGCCAGCCUGGGAGCAGGCACCAUGGCAACCUGCUACCUGAUGACUGACAGCAACAUCCUGUCCGCUGAGGAGAGGAGGAAGCUCUACCCACCCAGCGCUGACUUCCCUGACCUGAGGAGGCACAACAACUGCAUGGCGCACGCCCUGACCCCUGCUAUCUACGGCAAGCUGAGAGACCAGGUGACCCCUAACAACUGGACCCUGGACCAGUGCAUCCAGACCGGAGUGGACAACCCGGGCCACCCCUUCAUCAAGACUGUCGGCAUGGUGGCUGGGGACGAGGAGAGCUACACGGUGUUCGCCGACCUCUUUGACCCCGUCAUUAAAGACCGACACAACGGCUACGACCCCAAGACGAUGAAACACCCCACUGAUCUGGACGCGUCCAAAGUAACUCUCUCUCACACCCCCAUACACACAGUAUAUAGUUCAUUAUCCUCAGAUGUAUGUACAAUUACUGUCUCGUUCCCUCCUCAGAUCACUAACGGAGUUUUCGAUGAGAAAUACGUUCUGUCGUCUCGCGUGCGCACAGGCCGUAGUAUCCGCGGUCUGAGCCUGCCCCCGUGCUGCUCCCGCUCGGAGCGCCGCGAGGUGGAGCGUGUGACCGUGCAGGCCCUGGCCGGCCUGAAGGGGGACCUGGCCGGGCACUACUACAGCCUGGGAGACAUGACGGAGAAGGAGCAGCAGCAGCUUAUUGAUGAGCACUUCCUGUUCGACAAGCCCAUCUCUCCUCUGCUGACAUCUGCCUUCAUGGCCCGUGACUGGCCUGAUGCCAGGGGCAUCUGGCACAACAAUGAGAAGACCUUCCUGAUCUGGGUCAAUGAGGAGGACCACACUAGGGUCAUCUCCAUGGAGAAGGGAGGGAACAUGAAGAGAGUGUUCGAGAGGUUCUGCAGAGGACUCCAACAGGUGGAGAAGCUGAUCCAGGAGAGAGGCUGGGAGUUCAUGUGGAACGAGCACCUGGGUUACAUCCUCACCUGCCCCUCCAACCUGGGCACUGGACUCAGGGCUGGAGUACACGUCAGACUGGCCAAACUCAGCAAGGACCCCCGCUUCGGUAAGAUCCUGGACAACAUGCGUCUGCAGAAGAGAGGGACAGGCGGAGUCGACACGGCCACAACUGGAGACACCUUCGACAUCUCCAACAACGACCGUCUGGGAAAAUCUGAGGUGGAGUUGGUCCAGUUGCUGGUUGAUGGAGUCAACUAUCUGAUCGACUGUGAGAAGAGGCUGGAAAGGGGCCAGGACAUCAAGGUCCCCGCCCCCAUCGCCCAGUUCAGGAAGUAAAACGCCUGAGCCCCACCUCUGAGAGGAAGUGACCUGCUCUGCGGUUAGGGAGAGCAAGAAGUGAGGCGCCAGCGGCAAGGAGCUAGGCCUGAUCCAUCCACUCGUGACCAAACUGAGCGGUUUGGAGUAAAGUAGCAGUAGUAUGUCUUUCUGACAAGGUUAACAUCUGUCGUUCUGCCCCUGAACAAGGUUAACAUCUGUCGUUCUGCCCCUGAACAAGGCAGUUAGCCCACUGUUCCCCGGUAGGCCGUCAUUGUAAAUAAGAAUUUAAUCUUAACUGACUUGCCUAGUUAAAUAAAGGUUACAUUUCCACUAGUCCAGGUACAGGUGUUGGUGUAUUCCCCUUAUGGUUAAGGCUGGGGUUGGGGGUAUCAUAAUCUGAUCCUAGAUCUGUGAUUAGGAGCAACUUCUACCAGAAGCGAAAAUCUUACCUGUAACACUAACCUCAAUAAAAAUCAACCUUGAUAAAGCA